CCAAUAGGGGCGUGGCGGAGGCGGCGCGGCGGAGUGAGGCGCCAUGUCGCGGCGGCGGUGGCGGGGCCCGCAGAGCGCGGAGGGCAGCGGCCGCGGGGGCGAGAUGGGGAAGAUGGCGGCGGGCGGCGGCGGCGGGGGCGGCUCGGGCCGUUACUAUGGCGGGGGCGGCGAGGGCGGCCGCGCUCCCAAGCGCCAGAAGACGGAGAACGCGGAGCCGCCGCCGCACGGGCCUGGCGGGCCGGGGGGGGCCGGUGGUGGGCCCGGCGCUGCCGGAGCGGAGAACUACGACGACCCCCACAAGACGCCGGCCUCCCCAGUGGUCCACAUCCGCGGGCUGAUCGACGGCGUCGUGGAGGCCGAUCUCGUGGAGGCCCUGCAGGAGUUUGGCCCUAUCAGCUACGUGGUGGUGAUGCCCAAGAAGAGACAAGCCCUGGUGGAGUUUGAGGACAUUCUCGGCGCCUGCAACGCUGUUAAUUACGCAGCUGACAACCAGAUCUACAUCGCUGGGCACCCAGCCUUCGUCAACUACUCCACCAGCCAGAAGAUAUCCCGCCCCGGGGACACAGACGAUUCCAGGGGCGUCAACAACGUCCUGCUCUUCACCAUCCUCAACCCCAUCUACUCCAUCACGACGGACGUGCUCUACACCAUCUGCAACCCCUGUGGCCCCGUGCAGAGGAUCGUUAUCUUCAGGAAAAACGGUGUCCAGGCCAUGGUGGAGUUCGACUCGGUGCAGAGCGCCCAGCGAGCCAAGGCGUCCCUCAACGGGGCCGACAUUUACUCCGGGUGCUGCACGCUGAAGAUCGAAUACGCCAAGCCCACGCGCCUGAACGUCUUCAAGAAUGACCAGGACACCUGGGACUACACCAACCCCAACCUCAGCGGACAAGGAGACCCGGGAGGGAACCCCAACAAGCGGCAGCGGCAGCCCCCGCUCCUGGGAGACCACCCUGCGGAGUACGGAGGACCCCACGGCGGCUACCACGGGCACUACCACGACGAGGGCUACGGCCCCCCGCCGCCCCACUACGAAGGGAGAAGGAUGGGUCCCCCGGUGGGGGGACACCGGCGGGGUCCCAGCCGGUACGGCCCCCAGUACGGGCACCCCCCGCCCCCCCCGCCGCCCCCGGAGUACGGCCCCCACGCCGACAGCCCCGUCCUCAUGGUCUACGGCUUGGACCAGUCCAAGAUGAACUGCGACCGUGUCUACAUCUUCUGCCUCUACGGGAACGUGGAGAAGGUGAAGUUCAAGAGCAAGCCAGGCGCCGCCAUGGUGGAGAUGGCCGACGGCUACGCCGUGGACCGGGCCAUCACCCACCUCAACAACAACUUCAUGUUCGGUCAGAAACUCAACGUCUGCGUCUCCAAGCAGCAGGCCAUCAUGCCCGGGCAGUCCUACGGGCUGGAGGACGGAUCCUGUAGCUACAAGGACUUCAGCGGCUCCCGCAACAACCGCUUCUCCACCCCCGAGCAGGCGGCCAAGAACCGCAUCCAGCACCCCAGCAACGUCCUCCACUUCUUCAACGCCCCCCUGGAGGUGACCGAG